UUCUUCACUCAAUACAAAACAUUUUAUUAUAAUCUUAUUCCAAUUUUCCAAAACAGUUGAAUGGAAGGAGAGAUCAGCAGCAGUAGCAGCACAACAAUAGAUGCAUGGGUGCUGGACUUGCUGCGUGGGUUCAGAUACCAUCCCUCUGAGGAGGAAAUGGUGAACCUUUUGAAGAAGCAGGUGGAGGGCCAGGGCUCCCAAGCCAUGCCUGAAAUCGAGGACAAGCCUUGGGAUUUACCUGACAAUGAAUCUAUCCAACUUGUUCUUCGCUUCUCGGAGAGGAUGAUGCAGGGCAAGGCCUCCCAAGCCCGCCACAUCAUCCCAGACAUUGAUUUCUACAAGUACGAGCCUUGGGAAUUAGCUGGACUCAUGUUGCCAGACUCUCCAUAUCAAACUAGGAUGUGGUUAUGCUUCAGCCGACCUGAUCACAAAUACGCCAACAGUCCUCGCUGCAAUAGGCUCACAGAGAAGGGCUUCUGGAAAAUCACAGGAAAGCCACGAGAAAUCAAGUCUCGACAACUCUCCAAAUCGGUCACUUGCAAAAAGAGGACCUUGACCUUCCAUUUAGGUCGUCCGUCUAAGUCGAGCAAGACUGGCUGGGUCAAGCAGGAGUAUUCUCUCACUUCAACUGUCCCAGGUUCUAAUCUGAGUGGCCUUGUUCUUCUCCGCAUGAAGAAUAAGUCAGCUGACUAUGAGUCUGAUAAUAAGCAGCAGCAGGAUGUUUCAAUCUAUGAUGAAUCAGCUGAUCCUGCUAUUGGUGGCGACAUGGCCUCUAAUUCUCAAGAUGAUCAAGCUGCUGCAAAUCAUAUGAUUCCGGAGGCCGAAGAACAUCUGCUUGGAAGUGGCAAUCAUAAUGAUGGUGAUCCUGGUGGCUUUGUUUCAUCUGAUUUUGCUAUAAUUCAAGAGUUAUGUGCUCAGCUAGGACUGGAUUCACCUUCUCCCCCUCCCGAGCAGCCUCGGUCACACCAGCUACCUCAGCUGGGAAAUGUUCCUGGUACUGGUGACUACCUCGCCUCUAAUUCUGAUAACCAAGCUGCUGCUAUCCAUCAUAUGACUACAGACGAAGAAGAACUUCUGGCCUACAAAGAGCUAGAACGUGUUCUUCUUGGCAGUGGCAAUCCUGAUGAUGGUGAACCUGGUAGCUGUGUUUCAUCUGAUAAGCUUCAAGAGUUAUGUGCUCAGCCAGGAGAAGAUCUGGAUUCACCCGUUCCUCCUCCUGGGCAUCCUGAGCUCAGAAAUGCUCCUGAUGUCUAUACUGAUAAAUGCAGUAUCCGGUCAUCUCCAAUUCGGGAUAAUGAUUCUUCUCUUGCAAACAAGAAUAAUAUUCCAACCAAUUAUGACAGUAAACCAGUUAGCAACACUGUCUCUAAUUUCGAGAAUCAAAAUACAUACCGAAGGAGUUCAGAGGUUUAUUGUCAAUCAGAAGAAAAUCUGCAAUCAUUCUAUCGUUCACUUGAGCUAGAGGAUUACGCAUUCUCUUCACCAAUACCGCACCUGGAUCUGGGAGAUAUUCUGCAUACCAAUAACUAUAUUGGAUGCAAUGCCAAUAACUUUAUUGGAUGCAAUGAGUCGCAACCUGCGGCUCUUUUCCCACAAAGUUCUUGAGUAACAGAAACAUCAUAAACUCUUUCCAAUGACUACAACCUACCAAACUCAUUGGGAAGGGUUUAUGAUGAGGAUGGUGGAGUACAACAGUGACACAAACACUGAAGUACUCCAUUGAAAGAUUAUCCACAUUAGCUAUUGGAGAAACACUCCAAUAUGGUUAAUGAACUACAACAUUUUAUUUAUAGGAGAACAUCAAAAGGGACUUGUAAACCACAAGAGCCCUUGUAAGAAUGUGUCUCCAACUCACAUUAUUACAUACGGUGAUAUUCUGCUACAAAGAAUUCACUAACAACAUAAGUUACUGCUCUGUCACACACAGCAAGGUUUUGGGCAAUUAUGUCCAAAAUCUUUGAUGUGUGUGGAACCAACCCCACCCACACCACCACACCCCCCCCCC